UUCAGACGUAUUGCGCAAACGCUCAUUAUAUACUUGUAUGUAGUGAAACUGUUGGAAAAGUUUUCGUGAAAACCUCGAGAACCAUGGGCGAGGUUCGGACGUGCGUGAUCUUAUUAUUUGUUCUACUGCAUGUUAUUCAUGCGCAAUCAUAUUUCGAUUCGUUCAUAUGUGACUUUUUAUGCGACGACGAUGACAGCUACGGCUUCUGUGAAGAUUGCUCAUCAGAAGAAUCCUCCGAAUCCACAUCAACCAAGAAACCUACAAGUUCCACGCCUAUAACUCCUACACAAAAUAUAUCUAUAAAAAUACCCGCAUCUCAAGGAACAAUAUUAGACAUUUUGAACUGGAACGGGCUAUGGUCUGUGAGCGUGGAUGCCCAGAGUAAACCAUCUGCCUCUUCAUCUCCCCCUGGAGAAGCUACCACAACCCCAAAGUCCACUGCUGCAUCAGAAGCUACCACUGGAGCAUCUACAACCGCUGCGGCGGGAUGAUAGAUAUCGAAUCUGGGUGUUUAAAAUUUAUUAUUGUAUUAUAAUAAUUAUGAAAAAAGGUGCAAUAUUUCUUGAACAGUUAGUUAGUUAUUUGGUAGGUUUUAGCUACCGUAUGGUUUUAGUCAUAUAAUUAAAUAAUUAAGCAACGGAGAAUCGACAAAAUUAUCCACCUCUUUAUCUCUCACUCUCUUUAUCUUUCACCACUAUGUGGAACCAGCUGCCCACUGAACUAUUUUCGAACCAACACGUAAGACGCCGGCAUUCGUGAUUCCUCUGGCAUUGAGAGGCUCUAUCGGCGGUGGUAUCACUUAACGU